UUUAACUAAAAACUUUCUGUUCUUCAAAUUUCCUAGUUGGUUCCUUUACGUUUUAUUUCAUUUUUUAUUUGAUUAUAUAUAAAAUAUCAUACAGUAUCGUCAGCCACAUUCCAAAGACUCGGUGCAGUAUAUAUUUUUGUCGCUUUAAUAUUUAAUAUUUUUUUCCCUUUUUUCUAUAAAUAGUGUCUAAUGUAUCGUUUAAUAUAUAUUUAUUUUUAAUGUACAUUGUACAAAUUCAGCCAACUUAUUUGAAUCUGCAACUUACUAGAAACCAUCUCUGUAACAAUCAUUUAUAGGUAAAAAUGGAAUUUGAUGAUAAUUUUAAUGUUAAAGCAUCUCAGAAUCCUAGAUCCAGCGCAAAUAUAUUUGAAAUCAUUACAUUCAGCUGGUUGUUAGACUUGUUGAAAAAAGGACAAACGAAAGAUUUAGAAAUAAAGGAUUUAUACUCGACUUUAAGUGACCAUACAUCGUCAUUGUUAAGCAAAGAUUUAGAAAAUAAAUGGAGACUAGAGUUGGAAAAUACACACAAGACAAAUAAACAACCCAGUUUGUUGAAGGCUUUAAUUAAAAUGUUUGGAACUAAAAUCAUGUUACAUGGAUUUGUACUUUCAAUGGGUGAAAUUUUUUUGAAGAGUUUUCAACCUCUAUUGAUUGGAGGAUUAUUGGCGUACUUUAAUCCUGAUGAAUCGAAUAAAGCCGAUUUAAGGCAUCUAUAUAUUUAUGCAUCUUGUCUUGUAAUGAACGUUUUAGGUACAAUGAUUGUGUAUCAUUCGAUGCAGUCAGAAAUGAAACACUUUGGAAUGAAAAUAAGAGUUGCUUGUUGUUCGAUGAUUUAUAGAAAGGCAUUGCGGCUGAGUAAAAGGGCUCUUGGUAAAACCACGGUUGGUCAAAUAACAAAUUUACUAUCAAAUGACGUAAAUAAGUUUGAUACAGGAAUAUUUUAUUUUCAUUAUUUGUGGAUAAGUCCUGUUCAUAUAAUUGUUAUCAAUUACCUUUUAUGGCAAGAAAUAGGUCCAUCAUCAAUAUUAGGAACUUCAAUAUUGGUUGUGUUCGUCCCAUUCCAAGAUUGGUUGGUAAAGAAAACCUCUGAAUUACGAUUAAAUACGGCAAAAAGAACUGAUGAGAGGGUUCGUUUUAUGGAUGAAAUAAUAUCAGGCAUACAAGCUAUCAAAACGUACACUUGGGAAAACCCUUUCACGUAUCUAGUACAAUUCGUCAGAAAACUGGAAAUCAAAGAGAUACGAAAAUCAUUGUUCAACAAGAUGAUAAUUUUAUCUUUAACGGCAUUUCACGCAAGGAUUGCAGUAUUUUUUAGUAUAUUAUUAUAUGUAUUUUUAGGAAAUGGUAUUACCGUUCGAAAAGUUUUCGUCGUCUUAGCAUACUUCAAUCUAUUACGAGUGACAAUGACAACUCUUUACCCCCUAAGUGUUACAAAUUUAGCUGAAAUGCUAGUAUCUAUUAAACGUCUUCAGCACUUUUUACUAUAUGAAGAAAAAGAUGAUCGAAUAGAAAAUAUUUCAACAACUAACAGCAAUCUAGUUAAUACGAACACUGAUUCAUUCAAUAACAAGAAUAUUCACAAUGGUGCACAACCAACAAAACAAUUUGGAAUAGUUAUUUCCAAUGUUACAGCUAAGUGGUCAGAUGUUCAAACAAAUAAUUCUCUAGAAAACAUUAAUCUAAUCAUAAGACAUGGACGACUAGUUGCACUUGUUGGUUCUGUGGGAGCCGGAAAGAGUUCAUUAUUACAAGCGAUUUUGCGAGAACUGCCGCUUACUAGCGGUAGCAUUUCGGCAAGCGGUGUUGUUUCUUAUGCAUCCCAAGAACCCUGGUUGUUCGCUAGUACCAUUCGACAAAAUAUUCUCUUUGGUUUACCGAUGGAUGAAGAACGUUAUAAACAAGUUAUAAAUGUUUGUGAACUAGAAGCAGAUUUUCAACGCUUGUCACACGGUGAUAAGACUAAAAUUAGUGAAAGAGGUACUUCUCUCAGUGGGGGACAAAAAGCGAGAAUAAAUUUAGCGAGGGCUGUGUACAAGCAGGCAGAUAUUUAUUUGUUGGACGACCCUCUGUCAGCUGUUGAUACACACGUUAGCAGAAAUUUAUUUGAAAAGUGUAUCAAAGGUUUCCUUAAAGAAAAAACUUGUGUUCUUGUUACACACCAGCUGCAAUACUUGAAGGAUGUCGAUCGGAUCGUUCUCAUGAAAAACGCAAGAGUGUUGAUGGAAGGUACGUACGAAGAGAUCCAAUCGUCCGACUUGGACUUUGCAAAGUCGCUUCGUUCGUCAGCGAAUAAUACCGCGGAGGUGAUUCAAAAGUCCAGUGUAAAUUGGUCAACGACCAUGAACGAUUCGUCAAGGGAACGCGGUGAACCUCAAGCUACACACGCCAUUUAUAGUAGUCCGGCGGCCGGAGCUCGUUCCGAGAUAAACGUUGCGCGCCCCAGGUCUAUUUUCUCGUACAUGUUGGCCGGCGGACGGAAAUGCAAAAUAUUGUUUUUUGUUCUCAUAUGCAUUUUCACUCAAAUGUCGAUGUCUGGUGGAGAUCUAUGGCUCGCUUAUUGGGUGAAACUGGAAGAAAGCGGAUUUCAAGGUACUAAGGAAAUUGUAAGACACUCGCUUAAAGAGAUCAACGGCCAGUGGACGAAGAAAACAAUUACGAGGUUGCCAGUACCUCGGAACUUCUGUAUAGGUAUUUUCAUCAUCAUCACUUCGACCGUGGUAAUUACUACCAUCGCCAGGUCGACCGUGUUCAUAUCCGUUUGCAUGAGCGCUUCGAUGAACUUACAUAAAAAGAUGCUGACCGCCAUUAUGAAAGCUACAAUGUUGUUUUUCAAUACCAACUCGUCCGGUCAAAUUCUUGACCGUUUUUCAAAGGACAUGGGAGCUAUUGACGAAGUAUUACCAGAGGCCUUGAUGAUUUCUUUACAUUUCGGAUUGACGAUCAUAGGGAUCGUAGUCGUCAUUGGAAUCGUCAACACCUAUCUAUUGAUACCCUCUUCUAUCUUAGCAGUUAUCUUUUACAAAAUAAGAAUUUUUUAUCUCCCGUCAAUUCAAAGUAUCAAACGGUUGGAAGGAAUCACACGUAGUCCAGUGUAUGCACAUUUAAAUACAACUCUUCAAGGCUUAACAACAAUUAGAGCAUUUAAAGCGGAACAAAUCUUAUCCGAAGAAUUCGACGACAAUCAGGAUCUACACUCCUCGGCUUGGUAUAUGUUAAUUUUCUCGAAUGGAGCCUAUGGCCUAUGGUUGGAUUUGGUUUGCUUUUUUUACAUAAGCGUGGUAACAUUUAGUUUCGUUGUGGUGGAGUGUCACGAUACAUACGGAGCAAACGUCGGCCUGACCAUUACCCAAGCAUUGACAUUGGCCGGUACGUUUCAAUAUUUCAUGACCGAAACAGCUGAAUUAGAAAACCAAAUGGUUUCGGUCGAAAGGGUACUGGAAUACACAAACGUCCCGAAGGAAGCUGCGUUUACAUCGGCUGCGGAUAAAAAACCACAGGAUGAAUGGCCAUCGAAUGGUCAGAUCACAUUCAAAAAUGUUUUCCUCAAAUACGGACCGAAUACACCGUAUGUCAUAAACAAUCUAAACUUGAACAUCGAACCAAUGGAAAAAAUAGGUAUUGUUGGCAGAACCGGUGCGGGGAAAUCGUCUUUAAUUGGGGCAUUAUUAAGAUUGCAUUUUAACGAAGGUAACAUCGUAAUCGACAAUAUUGAAAUACACCAAAUCGGAUUGCACGAGUUACGGUCUAAGCUUUCCAUCAUUCCUCAAGAUCCAGUUUUAUUUUCGGGAACAAUCCGAACGAAUUUAGAUCCAUUUGAUCGGUACCCCGAUUUCAUCCUCUGGAAUGCUUUGAACGAAGUGCAGCUGAAAAACGUGGUGGACGAACUACCCGACGGCUUGGACUCGAAAAUGUUUGCUGGUGGCUCGAAUUUCAGUGUUGGCCAGAGACAGUUGAUAUGUUUAGCCAGAGCUAUUGUGCAAAACAAUAAGAUUCUCGUACUGGAUGAAGCCACUGCCAACGUCGAUUCGCAGACUGAUGCGCUGAUUCAAGGGGCUCUUCGGAAAAAAUUUCGAACGUCCACGGUCUUAACAAUUGCUCAUCGUUUAGACACCGUUAUAGAUUGCGAUAAAAUACUUGUUAUGGACUCGGGCACAAUGGUCGAGUUUGACCAUCCGCAUGUCUUGUUGGCAAAUAAGAAAGGAUGUUUUUACAGCAUGGUAAAGCAAACGGGACAGGGAAUGGCCGAAUUAUUACACCGAGUAGCUGCGCAGAGCUAUAAAUCGAAAACUACGAUAGAGUCUCGUUGAAAACAAUAAAGGGUAGCUCGAUAUCCGGAAGAUGUUCCAGUAGAUAGAUUGUUUAGUACCUAAUACUGUUCGCGAAGUUUUUUUUAACAAAACAUAAUAAUAAAAGUACCUUAACAGCAAAAUAUCACCAAGCCUAUUAAAUUGUCAAGUGAAUCUUAAGCGGUGGUACAUAAUUCGUCGGUGUUGUCGUGAAUAUUUAUAAUUACAUUUGAUAGUAUUAACCAUUAUUUUUCUUACUAUGUUCGAUUUGGAAGAGUUGUUUUUUAAGGGAUAAUAUGCAAUAGCAUAUUACAAAUUACAUAUUUAAUUACAUCAUACCCAUUAUUCAUCAUAGAAGUUGUUUCAUUUUGUUGUUGUUUUACAUAUUUUGAUAGUUCAUAUACUAUAUUUUUAUAAAAAAAAACACCAUAAAUCAAUUUCAAUUUUAAAAGUUUUAAUAAUUCAUAAUAUAUACAAAUAUAUUUUAGAGACCAAAUUUCGACCACCUUAAAAAUUGACGCCCCAAAAAUGUCAAUUAUGAUUGUAGUUUAGAGCAGCGAAAUUGAACUUUUUUUUUUAUAUCUACAUGCUACUUUUGAAAUUUUCAAUUACUACAAAGUCAAAAAAUAAAAUGUAUUCGUUAUUUUUUUAUGUAUGAAAACUUUUAUUAUUAAAACUGCGAACCUAGUCAUUAAAUUACUAUAUUUAUAGUUAUUAUUUUUAAUGAUUACGAAUGACCAUCAAUCUACCUAAUUAUCAAAUAAAUUAUAUAUUUCGGGACAAUAAUAAUGAUACAAUGAAAAUUAUAUCAAUUUCUUCACGUACCGUAGGUUAAGAACUGCUGGUUUAGUGUAUUAUCACUCACAAAGUAUUGCCAACCAAUUAUAGUAUUCUACAAUUGAAUAAUAAUAUUAGAUGGUUUUAAAAAUAAGAUAAACUGUAUUCUUGUUAAACUGUUGGGUUGAAAAUCUCUUAUUAAGUCCAUGUUAUUUUUAAUUUGGUGUAUUAAUAGUUCAUAUAAUAUACUUCAAUGAUUUAUGAUUUUAUCAAUGCUCAUUAUUAAAGGACGGAUAUUCAUGCAUUAGCAUAUUUUUUAUAAAGUUACAGAGUAAGAUAGAAAUUGGUUUUGUGAUCUAUAGAAUAUAAAAGUAAAAUUGUUAUGUU